AUCAUUCGGCAGGUUUCGGGUUCUCGACCCAGUUUGAUCCCACUUGUGCUCUAUAUAUAUGGGUUAAGAGUUUUCUGCAGUUUUCUGUACUUGAGAAGCUGAGUUCCGGUUUACGGAUUAAAAGAGAAUUGUUAACAGGAAAUUUCGUGUAUGGGGAAAUACGGGUGGAAAAGAGAAUUGAUACAAGGAAUUGGUUGAGUGUCUGUGUUGAUCAAAGGAGAUGAACGUGCAUUGUAUACAUCUGGAAUAAGGAGAUACAAUCAAAUUGAUGAUAAGAUUGUAUUUGAGAAAUCCGCGUGAUGAAAAAUUUGUCACAAAGAAACAAUACUUGUUGUUUUUCAUGUUACUAUUCCUAUAUUGUAAAUAUUCCUUAAUUUUAACGAGCUGAAAACGAAAAAACGAAAGCGUCACCAUCAAAAUGGAAGUAAUACCUGGAAAAAGGAGAGACAGUUUUAUAUAUGUAUAUGAGGGAUAUAAAUAUAAUAUUGAUAAAAGAUAUACUCAUGUAUAUCGCUGUGCAAGAAGACGCAGUCAUUUAUGUAGAGGCGUAUUAAUGGUACAAAAUGAAAAAUUUACUUUAGCAAAUACACAUAAUCAUCCAAGUGAGCCUCAUGUUAUAGAUGUUUUCAAAUUAAAAAGAGAAAUGAUUCAAAUGUCUAAACAUACCACUGCAACAUUUAAAGAAAUAUAUAAUACAAUUUCUCAAAAGAAUCAAAGUGCAGCAGCAAAUAUCUCAUAUAAUGCAAUGAAAACUCUGUUGUCAAGAGAAAAAAUUAAAAUGCGACCUCCAGUACCUUCAAAUGUUUGUGAUUUAAGUGAUUUACUUAAGGAAUAUGAAUUUACAAAAUCUGUUUAUAAAAGCUGCAUUAUAUCUGAAGACAACAAGUAUUCAUAUAUUUUCACUACUGAUAAACUUUUAAAAUUAUUAGAGAAGAGUUCUGAAAUUUAUGUAAAUGGAACGUUUCCCGCUAUACCCAGAAUGCCCAAGUUUGCUAAAUUAUUUUCAGUACAUGUGCAGUACAAGGAGAAGGGUGUUGCAGUGUUACUUAUUCUAUGUGAAGCGAAAACAGAAUUUGUUUACAAUUCGAUAUGGAAAGAAAUAGUUAAAUUAGUACCUAAGUUGCAAAACAAUUUACGUUUUAUAAUAAUGGAUUAUGAAAAAAUAUCAAUGAAUACUCUUCAUAAACAAUUUCCUCAGGCAUCUCUAUAUGGCUAUUGGUUCCAUUAUUGCCAAGCAGUUUUGAAAAAAUGGAUACAGUUAGGACUUACCAUACCACAUAAGGUAGUAUCCAUAGCAAUGGCGUUAGCAUUAGUACCACCAGAAAUGUUUUCACAAGGUUUAAUUCUUAUGCAAAUAAUUAUGAAUAAAGAAUGUCAUUUUUAUCCUAAUAUGUUGCUUUUUAUGGCAUAUAUGAGAAGUACAUGGCUCUCGAUAUUAGAAAAAGUUUGUGUAUAUCGCUGCCCAAAAAGGACCACUAACUUUGUAGAAUCGUUUCAUAAUAUCAUGGGACAUAAAAUGCAAACGGUUCAUCCAAAUUUAUGGAUAUUUUUAAAUAAUGUUUCUAAACUAAUUAUGAAUCAAGAAACCAAUUACGAUCGUGUAGUAAACGGUCAACAAAUGACAAAAAACCGUUUUCCGUCCAGUAUGUUUAGAAAUAUAAAAAUACGAGAUGCACAAAAUUAUUUAUCUUCUGGUCUUUUUUCUUUGGAACAAUUUCUGCAAGUUUUUGAUGAUGAAAUGAGUUAUCAGCAACAUCAAAUGUCAUCAUUAAUUGAUCUCAGUAUUGAGAACGAGGAAAUAUAUGCUGAUUUACUUACAGAAGGAGCUGUUAAUUCAGUUUCAACUUCUGAACUCCACGUCAAAAAAAGAGUCGAAGAUGAAGAGGUAUUGACGAACGAGAGAGUAAUUUUAACGAAGUCGAAACUAGGAAAAAAGAAGUUCAGGGAAAUACUCACGAUAACAAAGUUGAAAAUAUGGAAAAAAAAGUUGAGGAAAAUAUUUACGCUAAUGAAGUUGAAGCUAGGUAAAAAGAAGUCGAAAAAAGUACUUAAAAUAAUAGAGAACAUAUUCACAAAGUGUUUGAAAAUGAUCAUGGAUACUGGCUUAAUAAAAAGAAUACAGAAAAAGGGAAUGCUCCAUUUUUUUCUGUAAAAAAUAUCAAAUGGAUUACAGAUAAAAACAGAUACGAAGAAAGAAAAUGUACCAUAUGUUUAAAUGAAAAAUCUACAUAAUCUUCGUAUCACGUGGACAUUUACGUUGCUGUAAAAAUUACGUACAGAAAUUAAAAUAUGAGGGAUGUUCUAUUUGUAGCAACAAUUAUCACCAGUAUAUAUCAACGGUAUACAAUACCAUAAAAUAAAGGGUUUCAAUUUAUGAAUACCCUUAUCUACGUUUUGUGGUUUUGAGAGUAAAUUUAUUGAGAGCUGCUUUUCAAAAAGCUAAAUGACACAAUUAAAAAUCAGACACAAAAGUGCAAUGUAAAGUUGUUCGUUAUUUAAACUGUCAAAUAUUUUAUCUCUUCUAAAUAGUUAAUAGCUAUGUAUUUGACACACAAGUCACCAAAGCUCCACAGAAUUGGUACCUGGGACCAAUAAGAGACCAUGUAACCAGUUGCUACUUUCUUUUCAUUCUCUAAUGUAGAACUGUCAUGAUUGAUAAAAGUUAUUAUACAUUAAGCUUACUCAACACUUAUCGCGACAGCAAAUCAGAAGCAUCAGUGACUACAUUUAGCAGUAAAAACUGAUCAGAAUAUCUUAAGACAUUAAGAAUGAUGUCCUAUGAUAGUCGGAAUUUCAGAAAACGGAAUCUUGGAAGAAUAAACCUGGAUUCUAAUGUAGACAUCGGCGUUUUGACAUCGAGCGUAGUUGGUGAAAAAUGGAUGACGGGAGUAAAUUUCCCCAAUUCACUAAUCAGUGCUCACAAUCAGAGUCUGCAUGAGGAUUCGGGCUAAUAUAAUCAGGGUGCUUUCCAGCAAGGACAGUCAAAUACUGUGUAACAUAGUGAAUUGUUUCAUCCUUGUUUAACGUAGGCAAGCCACAAGGAUGUAAUGAUUCACUGUGUUACACAGUGUCUGCCUUGCUGGAAAGCACCCUCAAUCAGAUUAACAUGUUACUUAUAUGAACAUGCUAAACUUAAAUGACUAUGAUUAGUCGUAUUACUUUCCUGAGAUUCCGUUUUCUGAAAUUUCGACUGUUUAUAGAGAAGCACACUAAACGGCUUCCUGAAUGGUUCAUCGUAUCCUUGAGCAUUAAUUUAAGAAUGUCCUAAUUUACAUCGAUCGUUUAAUAUUCAAUUAGCAAUUUUCCAUUAAAUUUAAUGCAAAGUCUACAAUAGA